UCACAUGAUCGCCCCCUCCUCCCCACCUCCACACUCGGCCUCCUCCUCCUCCUCCAUCAGCUGUUAAGAUCGCCGGCGAGAUCGACACCGUGCUGCUCCUUCUUCUUCUUCUUCAUCAUCACAAUCUGUUGUUAUUAACGGCGGUGGUCAUCGUCAUCGGUUGUUGUUUUUGUUGUGUGUGUGUGUGAGAUAGCAUAGAGAUGAGCAAAUGGGUCAAAAUCGUCCGAGUGGCGUGCGACGUGGGACUGCGACCCCGCGCAGGAAUUCGGUACCUACACUCGUGUGGCAUUUUAAUGGUGAGCCAUCCUGGCCAGGGUUCGCCCUCAUUGAGCCCUGUCUUGAUGCGCAAAACGAACAUUUGUCCGGUGCUGAGCCCCGUCCCCGCGCGGACCUUUCUGUCCAAGCUACCUUUUGGUGACAAACGCAAGGACUACGCUGAGAGGCAUCUCGUAGGAUAUUCCAAGGAGCAGAUGUAUGCAAUUGUUUCCAACGUUGAAUCCUACCGCGAGUUUGUGCCAUGGUGCAAGCGGUCGCGUGUGACGUUCCGACGACCCGGGUUCAUGCGUGCAGAGCUCCAGGUGGGCUUUCCACCCCUUGUGGAAAGCUACUCUUCCACUGUGACGCUGGUGGAGCCACAUAUUGUGCGGGCCACGUGCACAGAUGGAAGACUGUUCAAUCAUCUGGAGACGGAGUGGCGAUUUGGACGUGGAGCACCAGGCCAUCCUGAGUCGUGUACAAUUGAAUUUUCGAUCUCCUUUGAGUUCCGCUCAUUGCUUCACUCCCAGAUGGCCUCGAUGUUUUUCGAUGAAGUGGUAAAGCAAAUGGUGACAGCAUUCCUGCGUCGGGCUGCCAAGAUGUAUGGGCCACAGAGAGGGCUUCCAUCGGGAUUCGUUAUGGACUCGGUGCAUCAGCCCUGAUUGUAGAAGGGUUGGGUGUGAGGACAGUUCCAUGAUGGCAAAAUAGGUCGCUGUGAGGCUGCUGUUUAUGACAUUAAAUAUACUUGAUGGGUGCAAUAUAAGCAACGAACUAAGCAAACAUUCAACUCUUGUUCCAUACCUGUUUUUAGUUUUUCAGAAGUCGCCCGACAAACUGUUUUUUUUCUUUCCCAGAGGCGUUUUUGUUAGAGGUCAUCGUUGAGAGAAGUAAAAGUGUACUGUGACAUUUUCAAUGCAUAUGCAAUUUUAGAUUUCUCAUUUUAAGGUAUCACUGAUUUAGGUGUAGAGUCUGCAAAAAGUGACCAUUAGUUUAUUGUCAUGUAACUGGCCUAAAUAGAGGGCAUUAUCUUUUCUAACGAGUGCUGUCCAUAUUUUUACUGUCAUGUGAUCAGGGAUAAACUUAUCUUGAAUUAAGAAUGAAGCUCACCACAUUUUCGUUAACUUUAAAAAAAUUACAUCGAAUACAUUUACCAAUGUUGCAGUAUUAUGACAAAGCAUGGUUGAAAAAACAUUUGAAUAUAUUCCAAUUUUAUCAAUGCUACACAAUGCAGAGUUAAAUUUUGUUUUAUAAAAUAUACCUUUUAUUUUGUGGAUGUUUUUAAAAAGUCCAUUGAAGUAAAAACCGGGAUAAGGUUUCUGUUUAAACAUUUACUUUAAUACUUUGAAUUCCCAUACGUAAAUCCUCAUUAGCUACUAACAGUCGUUAAUUCUGCCAUAUGACUGCAUGGCAGGACGGAGUUUAAUAACACAGUAUUUUAACUUUCCCGUGUUGUGGCCAGUUUGGUCAGACCGGUCCAAUUUAGAUAAAAAAAAAGCCAAAUGUUGAGCUUUUAAAAAGGGAUUUUUUUUUCUAGUAUCUUCGGGUGAUAGUAUUUUUUGCAUGAAUGUGUGACGUGAAAUUAAGCUGAUAAAAAGAAACUCCAAUGCCAUCUGAUGUUCAUCUGAAAUGUUGGCAUGAAUGGUGCUGCUAGCAAUUGCAUACAAUCUUAAAACCUGUUUGUGUUAUCUCAUGAUUGGGAAAAGGUCGUUCAUCCUUUUUAAAUAGGUCAUUGGCAGUUUUAGUUUUUAUAUUUAUUAGUUUUUAUUUAACAACGGUUAAUGUGCCUUUUUGUAAAAUGCAACAAUGUGCAAGUAUUUAUUUGUUAAUUUAUACUGCUGGUAGUUGCUAACCAGUUAUGUAAACCGCUGGUAUCCAGUGUUUACGUUUUCAUUUUCCCAUAGAUGUUGCACACUACAGGGUUAUGUUGUUUAGAAGCAGUAUAUGUUCUGUUAAUAUGGCACAUUGCGUUUUUCCCUUUCAUUUUUGUGGUGAUUUAAAAAAAAAACAUUUUAAAUAAAAAUUGUAAAUAAAAGAUUUUUUAACAAAA